AAUAUGGCAGCCCCGUAGGUACAGCCGUAUUUCACAAUCACAGUACUGAAACCAUCCAAACGAAUCAAGCCCAUGCAUAAAAAAUGUAGACAAAACGCCGCAGGAGAUCUUAUCCCAAAACAACUGGCAAACUGGGUAUUGUCUCUAUCCGUGAUACCAUGGCUCCAUCUAGUGACGUGGUGAUAUACUAUAGGUGCACAACAUGCUGUGAGUGCUUUUUCAAUCUAUCUGAAUUUCUCAGUCAUGCCGAGAGAGUUCACUGUAAAGUACUAGUGUGUCAAGGUCAUGACCCGGAAGAGAACACUGAAAAUGAGAUUGUUGGCAACAUAGGUACAAACUUCCAGGCACUACCUAAACCAGAAGACCAUGUUGUGGAAAGACUGAACAUUGCCUAUGAAGCGGCAGCGUUGUUAGAUCCGCCUAUAGUUGAGAACACGUGUUCUACUGAAGAAGGAGAAGUUCCACCUGUCACUGUGAAACUUGAAGUGAUUGAUGAUCACUCUGAUAGUGAGAGUGCAGCAGGUCAAACUACAGGUGCGAACAAUGAUGCGACCUUGACUGCAUGCUAUGAGGAAAGUGAAUAUCAAAUGCAGGCGCAUAACACUGAGAACAUGAUCAAUCCUAUGGUGGAUGGGAAAUAUUAUAACCCGUUAUCAACGUACAUGACAACAGAGGAUGUGCUAAGUUUAGUUGACGGAAAAAUGCCAUAUGACUGUAGAACAACUUCUGGAGGCAAUGAUCUCUCACGACAGACUGAUCAUCACCCUUCAAGUUCGAGAGCUAGUCAUAAAAACUACAGACAAAUAUAUCCUAAACUUUUGCAUCCGACUGCCAGUCUGAACGCCGCCAGUGCUCAUGGUGGAUUACUUAUGACAACUGAAUCUCAAAGCAGUGCUACAGAUCAGUCGAUGUCUAUUACUAGCAACAGGCUUGCUCAAUCUUCCACUUCUAUUUGUGUGUUCGAGCAGCCACAGCAAGAAUAUGCGCAGCAUACGGGUGGUUGUAAUCCGGUGGUAAAGAGUGCCGCAUUUACCUGUCCAAUAUGCCAGAAAGUUGUAAAAGGUCAAAAGCUGCUCUUAAGGCAUUUAAGAAUGCAUACUGAAGAUAGGCCAUAUAAGUGCACAUUGUGCGCGUCAGCGUUCAAGCACAGCUCCAGUCUCGCCGUCCAUCGGAGAGUUCACACGGGAGAGAAACCAUUUAAGUGUGCAGUGUGCUCCUCUGCAUUCACAAAAUGCUCAAAUUUAUUAUUUCACCGUAAAAUUCACACGGGAGAGAAACCUUAUGUUUGUACAUGUGGGUCUGCUUUCAAUCAUCCUAGUAACUUGAAAAGACACAAAGCAACUGCAUGUAGGACUGAAUUCUAUGCUGGUCAUUUAUUCGAAAUUAAUAAUAUGGCUCCAUCUAGUGAGACGAUAAUGUACUUCAGGUGCACUUCAUGCUGCGAGUGUUUUUUUACUCGAUCAGCAUUUCUAAAUCAUGCCGAGAGAGUUCACUGUAAAGUACUGGUGUGUCAGGGGCAUGACCCUGACGAGAACACAGAAACUGUUGUGGUUACUGCUGUAUCCACUGAAGCACAGACAUCAUCAUCCAAGGUAGAAGAUAGUGUGCAAGAUCAAAUGAUUAUUGACUAUGAACCUACCACAUUGUUACACCGACCUUCAGCAGACAAGAGUUGUCCUCCUGGAAGAGGAGGAAGAGGCAGUGGAGGAGGAGGAGGAGGCGAAGUAGGAGGAAGAGGAGGAAGAGGCGAAGUAGGAGGAAGAGGUGAAGUAAGAGGAAGGGGAGAAGUUUCACCUGUCAUAGUGAAACUUGAAGUGAUUGAUGAUCAAUCUGAUAGUGAGAGUGCAGCAGGCCCAUCUACAGGGGCGAACUAUGGAGCAGCGACCAUGAAUGCAUGCUACGAGCAGAGUGAAUAUACCAGCAGCGUGAUGCAAGCCCUAAAUGGCAGAUCAGAGGACCUGCUAAGCUCCGCAAACACCUAUUUUGAUCAGUUAUCUGCCGUGAAUAAGGAUGACGUGUUGAAUAUAGUUGAGAGGGAAAUGCCAUACACCUGCUCAGUCGGCAUAAGGAACCACGAGAUCUCACUGCCAACACGUGAAGUGCAGGCAUCGCUAGCGUCUUCCACGAUAAGAGACAACCAGCACCAGUUGAGAAACCAGUAUCUCAGCUCUGGUGCCAGUGCAGCAUCACGGCCCAGUCCAUCCUAUUUUUCCUCUGAGUCAAGGGGAAGUGUGAAACAUUCUCCGCUGCUAGCGACGUCUACUGCUUCUGCUAACAAGUUUGAUCACAUCGUCCAGGCGAACCUUCCGCAAGAUGUGCGGCUGCACCGUCGUAGGCCACUGCAGUGCCCUCUCUGUCACAAGAUCUUCAAACGGAAAGAAACGUUGGUGUUGCAUCUGCGAGUUCACACGGGAGAGCGACCGUACAAAUGCACGGUGUGUCCGUCCGCGUUUAGCCAGCAGUCUGGUCUCACGUGUCAUAUGCGAACUCACACGGGAGAGCGACCAUAUGUGUGCGCGGUGUGCGGCAGCACCUUCAACCAGUCGAACAACUUGAAAAGGCAUCAGCGACUUAAAGGACAUUAUCCGCUGGCUGCGCUGCUCCCAGGUCCUGCUGGUGCUGCUCCUUCCAUCUUUACCGCUUGUAAAUACAAGAUGUCACCGUCUAGUGAAGUGCUAAUGUACUACAGGUGCACUUCGUGCUGCGAGUGCUUUUUCACGUUAUCUAAAUUUCUCGAUCAUGCAGAGAGGGUUCACUGUAAAGUGUUAGUGUGCCAGGGUCAUGACCCAGAGGAGAACACGAACUCCGUCGAUAGUGUCCAGCCGGAAAGUGUCCCGUCUAAAUACGAGCAUGUCGUUGAGGCAGCUGCUGUGCAGAGAGCUGGAGCUAAUUGGGAAGCGGCGAGGGUACAGCCGGAGGCGUCGGCCACGAGCAGUUGGCCUUCGGAAGAAGUUCCACUGGUAAACGUCAAGGUCGAAGCAAUGGACGAGAUUGACAAUGCGGCGACAAGUGUGGACGAAUCGUUGGCGACGACGAUAUUCUUCAACGACCAUUUACAAGUUCCCGGUUCGGUUUCGGACGACAUCUUGUGCUCAGUUAGAGCCGAAACGGACUUCUACCCCUCGCUGUCGGAUACCGGCGUGACGAACGAAGACAUUUUUAAUAUGCACGGCAUUCCACUGGAGAUGCAGUAUGGGGGCAUUGCCGUCGACGAAAACAUGGCCCAGCAUGCGAGAAGGAGAGAUCACCAGCCCAAUGACGCACAUAUAGCGCGGCAGGUCCAGCAUUCGGAGCGAGAGAAGACGGGCUGCAUCAUUCCCGCAGUAACGAAGAGAGCGCCGGGGACAACACUGGGCAGUGCGCCGCACGCCGUAGUCAAACUGAGGAAUAGGCCCAGAGCGACAAACACUCUCGAUUUAGGCUGUGGGGCGAGGAGGAAUUUCGGUGCCAGUCAGUCGUCCCUACCCACAGUUCAGCGCGCCAGUACGAGUUCGAAUAUAGCCGCCCCUGGUCACAGCAUUGGUGAGCAGCAGCAGCAGCAGCAUCAACAGCAACAGCAGCAGCAGCAGCAACAGCAGCAGCAGCAGCUAGCCGCCCAACGUGUGCCGUGCAACAAGGCGUCGGGACGAAGCAAAACCUGCCUCAAUGCCCAGUGUUUCGUGCACGCACGCGAGAAACGCUAUCCGUGCAUCGUGUGCUCCUCGGCAUUCAGCUUCCCCAGUGCUCUGAAGUCGCACUUGCGCAGUCACCGAGGCGAGAAGCCUUACAAAUGCGAAUGGUGCGACGCCGCGUUUGCCAAGUCUAGUAAUUUGAUCACGCACCGACGAAUGCACACCGGAGAGAGACCUUAUCAUUGUGGUAUUUGCGGGGAAAAUUUCACACGUUCGACGUUGUUGAAGAGACACCAGAGAAAGCACUGAAAUUCCAAUAUGUGAAUGAGAUUUACUUUUGUAAUUUUGAUCUUAUGCUAGAACAAGAUGGUCUAAAUAGAAUCGUCCAGAAGUAAUAUGUCUUACACUCUAGAACAGCUCGUACCGUAAAUGCUAUAUGCAGUGGUUGAUAACAAUUACAGUUAAUGUUGUACACUUUCUCAACAAAAUGAAUUCAAAAAGUGAGCUAAUGGUCAGGUAAUAUAUAAAAAUGAAUGAAUUGGACAGAGAUGUUAUGUAAGACACCUUCGUAAGGAUAAUGUUUCGUAGUUUUUCUGGAUUUUGAAAUCUCAAUCAUUGAUGGAUUUUUGCUAGUUGUGGAACAGUAGUCGUUUGCGCAGAAAUUGUGUGUAAUAGAAGAAAUUAUAAUCAAUAAAUGGUGCAAUAAAUAAUAUAGUCACGUAUUCGA